CUCCUCCCGCCCCCUGCACACCUUGGGCCACCCGGCGGGUGCACCUGCCGGCGCACGACCGCCACAGGCCCCCAGACUUCCUUCCCCGACGCCGCCGGAGGACCUGAACCGUUCCCCCUCGCGCGGCCCGGCAGGAAGGGGCGGGCGCUGCCAGCAGGCUGUGCUGUAGCCCCACGUUGCCAUAGCGACCCCGGCCGGGCCGGGGACGCCGGAGCGCGCUCUGCCGGCUGCGAUUGAGGCGGAGGCUGCGACACCUCAUCCCGCCCAGGGGCUCGGGAUCCCGGCUCCGCCAGGCAGCACCCUCUGGCCCCGCUGAAGCAGCCAACAUGCCUAUCUUCAAGUGCCCACCCAAGUCACAGCCCCCGUGGAAGGAAUGGGACCAAAAGGCCCAGAAGAAUGGACUGAGACACCAGGUGUAUGCUGUCAAUGGCGACCGCUACGUGGGCGAGUGGAAGGACAACAUGAAACAUGGAAAAGGAACACAGAUCUGGAAGAAGAAAGGGGCCAUCUAUGAAGGGGACUGGAAAUUUGGGAAGCGAGAUGGCUAUGGCACCCUCAGCCUUCCUGACCAAGAGAAAGGAAAGUACCGGAGAGUAUAUUCGGGCUGGUGGAAAGGCGAUAAGAAAUCGGGCUACGGGAUCCAGUUUUUCGGACCCAAUGAGUAUUACGAAGGUGAGUGGUGUAGCGACCAGCGCAGCGGGUGGGGCCGCAUGUACUACAGCAAUGGUGACAUCUUCGAGGGCCAAUGGUGGAACGACAAGCCGGACGGGGAGGGCAUGCUGCGCCUGAAGAAUGGGAACCGCUAUGAGGGCUACUGGCAGGGAGGCUUGAAGAAUGGGCCUGGGCGUUUCUUCCAUCUGGACCACGGUCAGCUAUUUGAAGGUUUCUGGGUGGACAACAUAGCCAAGUGUGGCACAAUGAUUGACUUUGGCCGAGACGAGGCUCCUGCGCCUACCCAGUUCCCCAUUCCUCAGGUCAAAAUUGUAGACCCCGAUGGUGUCCUGGAGGAAGCCUUGGCCAUGUUCAAGAAGAAAGAGGAGCCCAGUGACACAGGAACCAGGAGGCCACGAAGAGGAAAAACAAGGAGACUGAUGCCAGGUGAGGGGGUGGGCACACCUGUCACCCUCUAUGUGGGUGAGGCAGCUCCUGGAGUCUUCUUUGGGGGAGGGUUUCCUUGUCCUUUCUGGUUCCUCCCCUUCAAAAACCAUUUCACUGAAGACCAGUCCAUUCCAGUCCUGCCCAAACCCUCCCAUUUGUACCCUGGGCUUACUGGGAGGAACGCUGCUUGGAGGACUUUUUUGCCCCGGCCCUCCACUUGUCCAGUGGGCUCGUCCAGUCCUCGCUCCUCCUGCUGUGGGUAUUAGGUUCGAGGAGAGGGCACUGGUACAGUGUCUUUGAAACACCAGCUCCCACCACCCCUUCACCCCUGCAGAGACUACCAGAACUUCAGGAGAGAGUCAAGUCCGCAUCUUCCAACUGCUCAAACCGGUGGAGCUCCCACUGGAGGAGUGAGUGCUGACUCCGGGCACACCCUUGGCAUCCUCAGAGAGCACCUCAUCCUCCCAGCACUGGAACAUUCUUUGUCAGUAGGGGCCAGUGCUUCUCUCCCCAGUUGGCCUUGGGGGCCCUCUUGUUACAGCUUUUAUUCUAGGCCCCUCUCCCUGGGUGCAUGAGAAUAAAGGAGAACCUGGUGGCA